GUGCAGUUCCACACAGCCUAUAUAUGUUCGAGGCUUAGAGUUUCGAAGCACAACCUGCUGCACUAGCUAGCUAGAAUUUUGAAGAAACGUUCACUGAAGAAAAAGAAUUAGAGAGAAUUUACAAUGAUUCCUGUUUUGCCGCUAGUUCUUGUCCUGUGUGUUUCUUCUCCAAUUGCUCAUGCAACAACUAGCACGCUCAAAUCCAAUGCCGUCUGCUCCGGCCACAGAGUGAGCAUUCCACUCUCCAGUCGCACUUGGCUGCCGUUGAACCACCGGCGAGGCCCUUGCUCACCGUUCCCCUCCUCGGAGACCAUACCCUCGACGGCCGACGUGCUCCACCGGGACCGCCUCCGCGCCGACCGCAUCCGGAAGGGCCUCAACGGCACUGCUGGAGCAAAGCGCCGCGACGUGACCGUCCCGACCACGCUUGGCUCCUCCCUGGACACCUUGGAGUACGUCGUCACCGUGGGCCUCGGCACGCCGGCGGUCACCCAGACCGUGCACAUCGACACCGGCAGCGACGUGACGUGGGUGCAGUGCCGCCCGUGCCCCACCACGGCGUGCCACCCCCAGAAGGACAAGCUCUUCAACCCGGCUAGGUCGGCCACGUACUCGGCCAUCGGCUGCGGCUCCGCCGCCUGCAACGGUCUCAGCCGUGAUCUCUACGGCAAUGGCUGCUCCAAGCGCCGCCAGUGCCAGUACAUCGUCAACUACGGCGACGGCUCCAACACCACCGGGACGUACAGUACCGACAAGCUGACGCUGACCCCGGCGUACGCCGUCGACCACUUCCAGUUCGGUUGCAGCCACGCCGCGCAGCUGUUCAGCGACAAGGCCGACGGGCUCAUGGGUCUCGGCGGCGGCUCGCCGUCGCUCGUGUCGCAGACGGCGACCAAGGCCUUCUCCUACUGCCUCCCGCCGGCGGCGAACUACUCCGGCUUCCUGACGCUCGGCGUGCCGCGCGCCUCCUCGUCGAGGUUCACGGUCACGCCCAUGUACAGGACCAUGAGCGUCGACACCUUCUACCUCGUGCUCCUGCAGGGCAUCACCGUGGCCGGGCGGCGCCUCCGCGUGCCCCCGUCGGCGUUCAGCGCCGGCGCGGUCAUGGACUCGGGAACGAUCAUCACGCGGCUGCCCCCGAAGGCGUACCGUGUUCUUCGGGCGGCGUUCAGGAAGGAGAUGAAGAUGUACCCGCGGGUGGCGUCGUCGUCGGCGAUCUUGGACACGUGCUUCAACAUCAGCGAUGCCGUCGGCGACGACGUCAAGGUUCCAAGCGUUUCCCUCGUGUUCGAGAGGGGCGCCACGGUGGAGCUCGACCGGUCGGGGACCAUUCUCGACGGCUGCCUCGCCUUCGCGUCCACCGGCGACGACGAGUCCGUGGGGAUCAUCGGCAACGUGCAGCAGAGGACGCUUGAGGUGCUGUAUGACAUCGGCGGCGGGGCCGUCGGAUUCCGCCGUGGCGCCUGCUGAGUGCUGACUGCUUAGCCAAUGGAGGAUACUCGAUCGACAGUGCAAUCUUGACCAUCUAUGUUGCUUGGAAGUUUGGAACAAUGUCAUGCGUGUCAGUCUCAGUAAUCAUUCAGUAUUGAUCAGCUUCAUUGUACGCAAUUUUUCUAUGUACUUGUUUUCCUGAAAAAUAAAUAAAUAAAGGGUAUAUGUCUGUCUA